GCGCGUCGCACCCUUUCCCCGCCCAGGUACAACCUCGGCCGCGUCUUCUACCACGGGCUGCUCGGCCAGCGCGCGAACCGGCGCAACGCGCGCCUGCUCUUCGAGAAGGCCGCGAAGCGGCGCGAGAAGUGCGCCCAGGCCGCGCUGGGCUACAUGUACGAGAAGGGCGAGGGCCGGUGCGAGGGCGACCUGAAGACGGACUAUAACCACGCGAAGCGCUACUACGGCAUGGCCGCGAACCAGGGCUGCGAGCGGUCCGCGUUCAAUUUAGGGCACCUCUUCGAGAAGGGCCUCGUGAUCACGGAGAACGACGUCGUCCGCUACGCGCUCGCGAAGCAGUGGUACGAGCGCGCGGAGGCGCUCGGCUACGCGCGCGCGGAG